CUUGGAUAGAAUAUCAGCUGUGCAACGAGUGUUGCGGAUAGAGACGAGUCCGCCGUUGAAUGGUCGUCAAUUAAUUUCCUCAUUGGAUGGGUUCCUUGAGAGCAAAAGGUACGGAGAAAGCUUAUCGAGGCGUGCUGGUAUGAUUGUGGCAACUUUCGUCAGUGAAUUGAUGCAGAUGCAAAGCGGGGAGGAUCAACCUGGCGCUCUUGCUGAGCCUGAGCAACAACCUAUGACGAGAGUCGUGCAGGAGAACGAGAUACCGAGUGAUAUCCUGGAUGCUGUGCAAGGUGCUCUGGAAUUUGGGAAGGCAGAUUGCAGCCGCGACCUCCUACAGAAUAGCCUGACGGUAAUCAAGCAUUUUUUGAGCGAGACAGCAGCCGUAGUUUUAGUACUUAGAAAAGAGCUGGAAGAUGGUGGUCGUGAUCAUCUUGAUGAUUCUGAAAAUAUACGAGGCGCACCAGACACGGUGAGCAGACGACCUCGAAGUGGAGUAGGAAUCUACAUCGCGCCUUCUGCUAUACCUGGAGCUCUAGCUGUCGUUGAUGAUCUCUUACUGCGUCUGGAGCGCGGGAUCUCGAACUAUGCAAACACAAUGCAAUUGUGGACGCCCGACUUGGCGAAAAGAGAAGCAAAUUGUGCUGCUGGGUCUGGAAAGACCUCUGACAGCGUAGUUGGGAAGCAGCAAAGUAUAAUCACUCCAACCGGUAUUAAAAGUAAGAGAUCCGACGAGGACGACACGGAGCACGAGCACACUGGGUCUGGAAAGACCCCUGUUGACAGUUGUGGAGAUGGGAAGGAACAAAGACAAAGUGUGACUAGCUGCACCGGCAAAGCAAGAGACGACGAUCUCCACACGGAGCACGAAGAGCACGCUGCGUCAAGGCUUCUAUGUGCUGUCCCUCUCGUGUGGCCAACAGAAGCUGAAUUUCGCCGCGCCAUUCUUGACACGUGGGGCCGUGGCGGGGCCGAAAGUUCAGGCGGAUGCGACGAAAUAUAUUUUUUCACGGCUCUGCCAGACGACUUCUGUACAAACUUUUGUGCAGCGUAUAAAGAAAUGCAGCAAGAAAAAAUGGACUUUUCAAAUGAUUUGAUGUCCUCGGGUCACAACAAGAAGAAGCACGAUUACAAGAACCACGAUCUUGACACGUUGUUGAAGUUUACACCGACUUCGCUGCUUACUGGCCGUCAGAGUAUCCACGACUGGGCAACAAGCGGCAACCGUGAGGUCGUUAAAGGUCAAGCGAGCAAGCGACCACCUGAUGUAGAAGAACAAGAAGAUUUCUCUCAACAAGAGUCGUCGACCAACGAUUCUUUUUUCCGUACACAACUUUGUGAGGAAGUAGAAGACGAUGCUGCACGUAACCUCAGGAACGAGGACUACGACCACCAGGACUACUGUCUACCUGAAGGAAUCAUCAAUCUUCGGCGUGUCUUUCUGCAUAUUCCUCCCGACCGGUCGGACUUUUCUUACAAGUACGAAAGAAGCUGAAGAUCCAUUCUAUUCAACACUAGUUCAUUUCAACAUUACUAGCCAAGAAUUAGUGCAGCGUACUCUUUAUUAUAACAGAACAGUUUAUAACACGAAUGGCGGUUGGCACGGUUGGCACGAAUGACACGGUUGGAACAACCCAACGAAGCCAAAAAGUGCCACGAAUGGCGCGGUUGGCGUUGGCGCAAGCGGACAGGGAUGGGGAUUCGAAGGGCUGCAAUUCUACGGAAAGCCCCCCUGCCAUUUUCAAAAUGGUAAGGGAGCUAGCCAGAAACAGAGCUGACUUGGCUGCUCUCUAAAGAGUGCGGAGCCUAGUGCGGCUGACAGUCGGAGGGCUGGCUUCUUUCUUGGAACUACCGCGCGGGCCACGCAAAUUCUGGUGGACUUGCAUGACCCCCGCGGAAUUCCACGAGAGGAAUGCUGCGACGAGGCGGGUGCUUUAGCAUGCGGCCUUCGCCCUAGGGUGCUCAGCUGAUCCACCGCGCCGCCGCUGUGGGAGAGCGGCGACGGAGGUGGGCCGUGGCUUGGGGGGCGGGUCGGAUGCGUGGCAGCUUCGAAUCGCGGGUGGCAAAGGAGGGCUGGAGCAAAAGCAACGCGCCCGAAGGGCGCCGGGCUUGUGGAGCCUACUGAAGCGCAACGCCGUGGAGGGUGUGGCAGAUUGGUCGCAGGGCGCCCGAGUGGGAUUCCCAAAGUAUGUGCGCAGAAUUCGGAGAGAGCGGCAACGCCGCGGGGGAGGUACCGCUUGAAAACGCAGGGCGCCCGAAGGGCGCCCCGCUCUCGAAGGUCUGAAAGGUCCACGAAUGGCACGAAUGGCGGAGCACAUUGAAGCCCCGGAUUGGAUGCCUGCCAUUCGUUCCAACCGUUCCAUUCGUGCCAUGCCAACCGGCCCCCGGGAAACUUAUAAACUGUUCUGUUAUAAUGAUUAUGCUAUUAAUACCCUUCUGAAGACUUCUACUACGAGCUAAUAAUCAAUUGUGAUCUACUUGUACUUCUUGUCGUACUUCAAAAAUGUCUUAUUGUUCUCUCGUCUUAGAAAGUCCUAGGUUCAUCUUAUUAUUGUUCUCUCGUCCACCUGUGGUCUUUCUCAUCAUCUUUUUUCAUGUCACGUAUUCCGACGCAAAUUUUAGUUGGAGCAUGAAGUGGCAGAAAGAUGCCGAAAAGAACACGGUGACUAAGGUUCUCCACAUCAUGGAGCAUAUUCAGAGCGGCGGCUUGGCUAGAGAGCUCCAAAGGAGAGCCAAUCGCCUUGCCGACAUCUUUUUCCAGAGAAGCGAAGCUCUGAUGUCACUGUCUUCAUCUUCCUCGCUAGGGGAGCAAGAAAAGGAAGAUGUUGAAAGGAAUCACGUCCUCAAUAUGGAACUGCAACUACAGCACGUUGAGGAUAAAACCAAUCAUGUCAAGAUGGAACUGCAACUACAGCACGUUGAGAAAGGAGAAAAGCAAAGGCAAGGAGAAAAGCAAAGGCAAACAUUGGCGCUCUCGUAUCGCGAUCUGAGUGUCAAGUUGCGGGAUUGGCAGAGUAUAACAUCGCCUGGCGGUGCGUUCUGGACCUGUCGUCUCGAAAGGGAUACCUUCUUCAUACCAGCGAAUUUUCGCCGGCUGGUACGAAAUGCAGACGUAAAAGACUGGCGGACGAGUCUGGGACUGCCGCAGUUAUACGAACUUUGGUUAAGGCUAGUUUUUCUAUCCUAAAACCGUAAGUAUUAACCGUCUCAAGGAGCUCAGAAGUGAAAAGGUACAACCAUGAGGAGCUCAACAGAAGUGAAAAGAGAAUAACCGUAUUAACCGUAGUACCAUGAGGAGCAGCUCAGAAGUACAACUUAAAAAGAGAUGAAACAGCUACUACAGCUAACCUAGGACGGACGAAGGCCUUGGAAUGACGGUGGCCCAGGGGUCUGCAUCAGUGCCGGAGCCUUGCAACGGAUGGGACAGUUUCUCUUAUGCUAGCGGGGAUAUCUCGUUACUAGAAUUGUCUUUCUAACUACUUAUGCUGAUGUAGCUAAAAAAGCUCUAAUACAACUAACUACUUCGCGGGGGACGGAUACACCAAGAACGUUGCAGUUUCUACUAUGUGAUCAAUUAAUAUCUAUGUUAUAUAUAAAUUUUUAGUGAGGUGACAGCUCCACCGGUCCUUCUUCUUCUUCCUCCUUUACUUGAGGUAUGGUUUCUUCUUCUUUAGUGAGGUAUGUCUUCUUUAAUGAGGUAUGGCUUGUCUUCUUUAGUGACGUAUGGCUUCUUCUUCUUUUCUGUUUUCUAAUGGCAGGACGAAUGGAAAUACAUCUGCAAAACAUCAACUGGUUCUCCAACCUGCCGGGUUUGGAUCCAGAACAGUGCCAGCCCUACAAAACGGGUCACCGGGAAGAUAAAUUUCUGAAUGCCUGUCUAGCUUAAGGCUUUCCCAGAUUACCCGCCCAGAUGUUGUUUGAUUCAUAUUAAUUGAGCAGGAGCGUCUUUGUGUUUUGCUUUUGCUCGUCUCAUCGUCCUUCAUUUUCAUCUAAGAGAAAUAUUUAUAACACUUGAAAGAGACUGCUCAACAAGAUGAAUAUCUAUCUCUAUGGGUAAAUAACGUCUAAAUCACAGAGGUCGGCUCGUACCCUGACCUCUUUGGUUUGUCGAAAGAAAAAAUGGACCGCCUUGCUGGGUGGACUAAAAUUGAAGAGAACCACCUUCGUCUUGCUGACGCGGCUGACGCUGAGAAAAAUGAGCACGACUCGCCUAUGACAACUAUGUCCCCUAACAAUGGAAUCGUGCGUGACGAAUUCGGUAGGGACGCGUUUGUGAUCGUACCAUAUUCGAGAUACUACACUGUUGAGCUUCCGAUCCGCAAUCCGAUGCGAUCUUGGAUAGAGAGGACUCACGCAUCUUGGAAUUACUUCAAGGCGAGAACUGAGCAAUUCCUGCACUGUGCCGGGCGUCCGAACCACAUGCCCAGAUUAGCGUUCAUUAAGGUGAAGAUUUUUGGAGGUUUAUUUCUAUGUCAUUCUCCUUCGGUUUGUUGAUCCAUGAUGCACCCCGUACUAGUGCGUCUGCGUGGAAUAAAGAACGCCAUCUUCACAGCUAUCUGAUAAAAGAUUCUAGCCAAGGCUUCCAGAACCACACUCCUCUAACUUCAGCAAUUUCCCAGUGUCCUUCAACAGCUUCAAGGAAUUACCGCAAUUCUACGAGCUGCAAACUGUAUUGGAUGGUAUCGCAGAUGAGGAGAGACGAGGUGAACAAGAUGGACAUGGAGACUGAUGGAGGAGGUAUUUGAUGUGUGCUUCCUACGUACUAGAAAGCACUAGAAGAGAUUGUAGAUAAUAAUUAGGAUACAGCCGUGCUGUCAUCUUUGGACACACACUAUAAUUUCUUCAUACCUUUAAUGUUCCUUCUUGUGGAUGGGGGUGAUGAAAAUGACGAACAACCUUAUUUCAUCCCAGACUGGGAAUACGC